UAUAUUCAAAUUAUAUCGCUCAUUUUGAAAUACCUCUCCAUCAAAAACAAGUAAAAAAAUUAGCAAUAAUUGGUGCGGGAGCUGGUGGUUCUUCAGCUUCUUAUUGGUUGAAAGAAGCAUUUACCAAUUCUAGCUUAAAUGUUAAUACAACAGUCUAUGAACAAUCAUCAAUAGUCGGUGGACGUGCUAAAACCAUUAAAUUUGAAUAUAAUGGAGAAAAGUUCAAUAUUGAAUUGGGUGCGACAUUAUUUAUUGAUGAUAAUUAUAAUAUGUUUAAUUCAGCAAAAAAAUUUGGAUUGGAAUUUAUUAAACCCGGUGAAGAAGUACCUGAUGCAAGAUUCGGAAUAUGGACUGGUGAAAAAUUUAUAUUUGAAGAAUCAUCUCAUUCUUAUUGGAACUUGAUAAAAAUAAUAUGGAAAUAUGGAAUUGCUCCAUUUAAAGUUAAAAGUUUAGUUAGAGAAACCAUAAAAGCAUUUUUAGGAAUUUAUGAAUUUGAAAAACCAUUUACAAGUAUUGAAUCUGCAGCAAAGCGUCUAAAUAUUCAUUCACUACAAACACUUACGGGUGAUUAUUAUUUUUCUGAAAUCAAAAAAAUAAAUAAAAAUUACAUUUACGAUUUUAUAGAACCAGCUGUACGUGCCAAUUAUGGACAAAAUAUAAGUGAUAUUCAUGCAAUUGGAACCUUUAUUAGUUUGGCACCUCAAGGAGCAAAAGGAAUUAAAGGAGGAAAUUUUCUAUUAUUUGAAAAAUUCAUUGAAAAUUCAGGAGCAAAUCUCCAACUAAAUUCCAAAGUUAUAAAAAUAAAAAAAUUACCAGAAAAAUCAUCAAUUGAUACUAUAGAUAGCUCAAAAUAUUUAGUUUAUACUAAAAGUGGAACUAUUGAAGAAUACGAUGGAAUUAUUUUAGCAACCCCGAUUUCGUUUGAUGAUCUGCCAUUACAAAUUUUAACGACGAAUGGUCCAAAAGUGGAUUUUUUGGUUCUUGGAACAAGAAAAAGAUUGGAUAACGGAGAAACAAUUAAUAAAUUUUUUACCAGAAAUCAUUUAUCAGAUGAAGUUUUAAAUAAAAUAUAUUUGAACAAAUCUUGGAUUUAUCGAAAAGUUUGGAAAUCUUAUCCAAAAUUAUUGCCAAAUCAAACAUUCCCGCCUUUGGAAAUUGACGAAAAUUUCUUUUACGUUAAUAGUUUCGAGCCAUUUAUUUCUACUAUGGAAACUGAAACUGUUUCAAGCAAGAAUAUCGUCGACAUAAUAACAAAAAAAUUUUCACCAUAA